AUGCAGGUGGAGGAGAAAAAAGAGAAGACAGUUAGUGGUACCGUAACAUGUCCUUAUUCGGAAGGUCAUCCUCACGUGAUCCCUGUUUGCGAUGUGUUAUUACAUUUGGCUAAAUGUCGUCGUUUAUACUACAAGCGGUACGGUGUUAAGGCGGAAUUGAAGAGAUGCAAAUACAAUGGUUGUCAUUAUGUUCUUGCACCGGAAGUGAUGCUGCACGAACUGACAUGCUGUAGCAAAGUGUUCUAUCAGGAAUGCAAGCGGAAGAUGCGAUAUCCACCUGUGCCCCUUCAAACCGUCACUCCUUCAAAUGAAGAGAAGAGGGGAAGGACGGGAGUGGGAGUGGAAUCAGAAGCUUUGCUGUUUGCAACUACGAGCAUUAUUUCUGAUCUAUUGAAGUCAGCGAGAACUAGUAAGCGAACAAUAGUCGGUCGACAGUUGGAAGCUUGA